CUACACUUAUAGACUGAGAUCGUGUGACAGCAGCGUAACACUACAGAGAGAGAGCAUGAGCUGCCAUGAGAGCUUCGCUGUCUCAAGGGCAAAUAUAACGACCAGAGAAGGCAAACGGAUCGUAUUAGAGCUUUAAAGAUCAGGGAUUAACACGAGUGAAUUACAGGGACCUGAAUCAUUUGCCAGGAAUGGUGGAUCACUUGCUGCUUGAUGAAGAUACUUUUUUCUCUUACACUUCGCUGCCAACCCGCAACCCUUCGGAUAUGGUGACAGACAAAGGCGUGUAUCAUAUGCUUCCAUCUCCGUUCUCAGAGGACAACCUAAGUGACUCGUCCAGUCCGCGUUCCUGCUCCAGCCCCGAGUCUCAGCUUCUCGGCUCCAGUUGCGGGAGCAACUCGAGUGGAGAAAGUCAAGAUGGCCUUCUCGACUUCCUCCACUCUCAGUCUACUCUGAGCCAAAACUCCUUGACCACACUGUCUCCUAUGGUCCCUCCCGUCCUUCCCAUGGGUCUGUCUUGGGAGUCGCGACGGGACCGCACCACCAAAGAGGAGUGCUUCGAGUUUCCCGUUUUCCCCGGAGAUCUGGACGACCAUGCGGGGCUUCUCUUUCAGCCCACCCUGGAGGAGAUCGAGGAGUUCUUGGAAGAGAAUAUGGAAGUGAUGGCCUUGAAGGAAGAAGCCGGUGAGGGUCUCAUGACCAGUGCUAACAUCCAAGGAAUUGCAUCUGAACCUUGGGCCCAAAGCUCAGACCAAACAGUGCCUGUCUCAAGUGACAUAAUCACAGCCAAUUCUGAGCCCAAAAGUGCACAAUCCUCAGUAGGAGCCUCCACGAAUCCUCAAAGAAAGGAGGAUUCGGCGGGAAAGGUCGUGGUGAUGGAGAAUCCCGGCAUGCCUGUGAUCUUACAGCUCCAGCCCAUUCAGGUUAAGCAGGAACCGAACCCUAAAACUGCACCGCAGCCUGCCUCAGACAUCAAAGUUACCCAGCUCCUAGUGAACAUCCAGGGUCAAACCUUCGCCUUGGUUCCACAAAUGAUCCCAACAGCCAGCCUUAACAGCCCUUCCUCAAAAUUUGUCCGUAUCGCCCCUGUGCCCAUUGCUGCCAAGCCUGCGGGUCUAGGGGAGAACGGAAUGGGAGACGGCCAAGGCGGAGGGCUCGUUGUCGGUGGUCACAAAUUCCAGAAAAGCUCGGUAGCUGAUCUUAUUAAAAUGCACAAGUGCACUUUCCCUGGCUGUGCCAAGAUGUACACCAAGAGCAGCCACCUAAAGGCCCACUUGAGAAGACACACAGGCGAGAAACCGUUUGCUUGCACUUGGCCCGGCUGUGGUUGGAGAUUCUCCCGGUCUGAUGAGCUGUCACGACACCGCCGCUCUCACUCUGGAGUGAAGCCCUACCAGUGCCCCGUGUGUGAGAAGAAAUUUGCUCGCAGCGAUCACCUGUCCAAACACAUCAAAGUCCAUCGCUUUCCACGAAGCAACAGGACAGCGCGAACCACACACUGACCUUACACAAACCCCCUGUCCCCGUCAUGGAAAGUGAGAUCUAGAGAGAGCUAGAACAAAAGCGAGGGAUAAAGAUUCAUAUGUGGUACUGUGAUAAUUUAUUAAGUGAGGUUGGGAUGAACUGAAGAAGAGAACUGUUACUUGACUCGUCGGCCUCACAGAUGCGUCCUACCGUAGAGUGUAUUUUUGUAGCGUCCACGAUUGUUUUCUAUGUGUCGAGAACAAAUUUAGCGUAUUUUUUUGUACUUUUAAGGUAUGAAUUGUUGAUGUAUUUGCUGAUCAUCAACAUUCCUUGUUUAGUAUCGCGAUACGGUCGCUUUCUCGUGCCAACGUUAAUCUCCCGUAAACCAAAAAUCUCGGGUUCGUCCGAACUACUGAUCAUUGGUAGGAUUGUGCCGUUAUAAGCUAUUGGCAAACAUAGAGGCUUCGUCUGUGUGCUUGUAAACUGUGAAAUGCCUCUCGGUGAGACCAUAGAGCGAACCAGCGAAAGUCAAAUCUCGCACAAUUGUUUAUAUGUGAACCGGCCUUCUGAUCAGUAUUGAAAUCGAUUUUACUUUUCAAUUUUUUUGUUAGAUGCAAAACCUUUUUUCAUUUUUUCAUCAAAGACUUCAUCUAAGAUACCUUCUGGGCCUUCGUGUAAUCGAAAUGUUUGCAGCUGGGGCCAAGACAUUUGCGGUUAGAAGAUAUUUUAACAGCAAAGCAAUGCAAAUUUCAUGUUUGACUUGUGACUGAGGAAUCAAAUGAUCUGAAUCACUCAACGCACAAUGCAUCUUCUGUUUGUUCAACCAAGUAUAGGACUGAACUCUUCUCAUCUACCUUCCUGCCUUUUUACCCUGGACUACUUCACAAACAGAACCGUGACACAAGCUUGAAAACUGGAAUUGCAAGGUGCUACAGUAACUGGCCUCCAGCUCCCUCUUGCAGGUCAAAUCCUCAUGCUUGGGAAAUGUAGUCUGGGAUCCAUCUGGAGUUCAAAGGGAACGUUCUUCAUGGGAAUUGUAGUCAUGGACACAGCUUGAGCGCUGAUAGGGCAUGCUGACCAUAUGUUCACUACAGGAAUGCAUGUAACUUAGUGGGGUGCGGGUACAUAGCACUAAUAUUGAACAAAAUGAUACAACGUCUUAUUUUGGAAGUGUGGAAUUUAAUAUGCAAUCUGUUCUAUGCAGUCUGUUAUGCCAAAACAAUAGCUGACAUGGAAACAUCUACAACGCGAGUGCCUCAGGUGAUUCAUUGACUUACAUUUGCUCUUUGUACUGUGCAGACGUGUACAACACACAGCUAACAGGCACAACAGACUAUAGAUGCAUACACAUUUAUAAACAUGGUUCAUAUACAACAGGAGAAGAUCUAAUCAAGAUGCUGUGUAUGUUGAAGGUUCUUUAUGGACCAUACAGCCAGAUGAAGAACCUUUUAUGCCCUGCAAAAAAUGAUUAGUAUUUUUGUCUUGUUUUCAGUAAAAAUAUCAAUAAAUC